AACCAGCAGGGGAUCAGAAACCGGACUCAUGGUUUGAGUGUGUGUGUGUCUUUAGGUCCUGGCAGCACCAUCCGGCUAGAGGGUGAGCCGAGGAGGACACUGACUGCUUGUUUUGUCACUGCCAGCAACACUGGAUGUUUUUCUAUUCUCGUUUGCUGGAGAAUUUCUUGGAUAUUUUUUCCUAAAUCGGAUUUAUGAUCCGCGCGCUUGGAUACAAUAACUAACGACGCCGUAGUGGAAGCAAACACGCACGCGCGCGCGCGCACACACACAGGAAUCGAUGGGGAAAAUAAGUUGACUGCUGCCUUGGGAGAAAUUGUUGUUUUUUCCUCCUUCUAGGGAAAGGAUCGCUCUCAUUUCUCAUCGCCACCAUGGGGAUUUUAGAUACAUAGUGGCGUUGGCACUUCCGAUAUUCUGGGAUUGUUUCUUUUCUCGAGCGCGAGCAACAAAUUUCGGAGUGCCAGCCAUCCUGCGCGCGAGCAAAUUACUAUUUAAAAGAAAUAUCCAUUUCGAUGAUAGAGUCAAUAGGUAAAUAUACACGCGUAUAGGUGACGGAUUUGGCAUAUAUGGAGGGAAUUUGGUCGACUUUCCAGCCGUGCGUAAAAUAACUUCUUCCUCCUGCAAACCCCGCAUGCAGUCCCGGCAGUGGACGCGGCCUCGGUGCAUGGAUCAGCCGACAUGGCAUGCAGUGAGAUCUAAAAGAUGAAUGCAGCAUUUCCCACGCUGACACACAUCCGUCGGUUUCCCCCUUUCACACUGCAGGAGAGGGAAAUAAACCCGAGGGUGGAGCAGAUGCGAGGCCAGGUGCUUCCCACCUCCACCAUGCGGGAGAUCUAAGGCCGCGCACUGGAUCAUCCACCACGGGGGGAGAGGGAGUUUUUUUCCAUCACAUCAAACAUUGUUUAGUUUCAAUUUUUUUUUUAUUUUUAAAUUUAGUUUUGCGUUCUUUUUCUUUCUUUGUUGUUGUUCUUCAUUUCUAGUAGGGAUCUUCUGAAUGCUUGAUAUUGUGCCUGCAAGGUAGAGAGAGAGAGAGAGAGAGAGAGAGAGAGAGCGAGGGAUCUUCUCAGAAGUAGGUCAGAGAUCUUGCAAGAUAAAGCUGGCCAAAAUGGGAGUGACUCUAUCACUCCUGCUGAUAUGACAUCUUGCUUAAUUUUCUAAAUUUGCCUCUAUCCACUGGAUCCAUGACCGCUUGACCCCCCCUGGCUGCUUCUUCUCUCAUCAUCUUGGCCUGUGAGGUUUCUCCCUCGGAUCUUGUUUUCUUGCUUCCCCGACAUCCUUCCCCCUCUUCCAGGCUUUCCCAGAGUGCGUAUGGCUCUUUGCGGGACCACGGCUGCUAACGCGGCCAAAAUGAUGGCGGCGUACAGCGGAGGCGCUUCGGCGGUGGCAUCGGCAGCCCACCAUCCGCACCACCACCACCAGCUGGCGCACCUGCCUCCUCCGCACCAGAUCCACCACCAGCACCACCACCAUGCCGGGCAGCACCAUCUCCAACAACAGCAGCAGCAGCAGCAUCCGGCUCCGGGUUCAGCCGCCGCCGUCCAUCCUGUUCAGCAGCAACACGCGUCCGCCGCCGUCAUGCUUAACCCGAGCCAGCAGCAGCAGCAGCAACCAUACUUUCCGUCGCCCGCACCCGGACAGGCUCCCGGUCCGGCUGCGGCUGCGGCGCCCGCUCAGGUGCAGGCUGCAGCCAUCAAGGCGCACCAUCACCACCAUCAACACCAUCUACAGCAGCAGCUGGACAUCGAGCCUGAUCGGCCUAUCGGAUACGGGGCAUUCGGCGUGGUCUGGUCUGUGACUGACCCCCGCGACGGUAAACGUGUGGCCCUCAAAAAGAUGCCCAACGUCUUCCAGAACCUCGUCUCCUGUAAGAGGGUCUUCCGCGAGCUGAAAAUGCUCUGCUUCUUCAAGCACGACAACGUCCUGUCAGCUCUGGACAUCCUGCAGCCUCCUCACAUUGACUACUUUGAGGAAAUCUAUGUGGUGACGGAGCUGAUGCAGAGCGACCUCCAUAAGAUCAUCGUGUCUCCACAACCCCUCAGCUCCGACCACGUCAAAGUCUUUCUCUACCAGAUCCUUCGAGGUUUGAAGUACCUUCACUCCGCCGGCAUUCUGCACAGAGACAUCAAACCUGGCAACCUUCUCGUCAACAGCAACUGUGUGCUCAAGAUCUGUGACUUCGGACUUGCUCGGGUGGAGGAACCUGACGAGUCGCGUCACAUGACCCAGGAAGUAGUGACGCAGUACUACCGCGCCCCCGAGAUCCUCAUGGGAAGCCGCCAUUACUCCAACGCCAUCGACAUCUGGUCCGUGGGCUGCAUCUUCGCCGAGCUGCUGGGCCGACGCAUCCUCUUCCAGGCCCAGAGCCCCAUCCAGCAGUUGGAUUUGAUCACUGACCUGUUGGGGACGCCGUCUCUGGAGGCCAUGAGGACGGCGUGUGAGGGAGCCAGAGCUCAUAUACUUAGAGGACCACAUAAACAGCCCUCACUUCCUGUCCUUUACACCCUGUCCAGUCAGGCGACUCAUGAGGCAGUUCACCUGCUCUGUAGGAUGCUGGUCUUUGACCCGUCUAAGAGGAUCUCGGCUAAAGAUGCUCUGGCUCACCCGUACCUGGAUGAAGGACGCCUGCGCUACCACACCUGCAUGUGUAAAUGCUGCUACACCACGUCGUCUGGCCGAGUUUACACCAGCGACUUCGAACCUGUCACCAACCCCAAGUUCGACGAUGGCUUUGAGAAAAAUCUGACAUCAGUGCGGCAGGUCAAAGAGAUCAUUCAUCAGUUCAUCCUGGAGCAGCAGAAGGGGAAUCGGGUUCCUUUAUGUAUAAAUCCCCAGUCCGCUGCUUUCAAAAGCUUUAUCAGCUCGACAGUAGCUCAGCCCUCCGAGAUGCCUCCGUCUCCUCUGGUGUGGGAGUAGCUAACGAUGAACCAUGAGCAUAACGAUGACGACGGCGAUGAUGACGAAGACAUGAAGGCGGUGAUGGUGGUGGCGGCGGCGGCGUUGGCCGUCCACCCCACACACAUACGAACACACACGAACACACACCUCCGGACUACUGAUGCCCCUUAAAAAGAAAAAAAAAUAAUAAAACCCUGCGUAGCAUUUCACUGGAGUUAGCACUUAGCCGAGCGGCUGACGUGUGUGUGUACUGUAAUACUAACUAAACCUAAAUGAAGUUGUAAAGAAGCAACCACUGCUGAUCGGGUUGAGGAAGAUUUGUGAAUAAAUAUAUAUAGAGAGAGGGAGAGGGCGGGCGAGCGGCCGGGGCGCGUCACGUACAGUAGAAGUAUUUCCACUACUCUGUAGUCUGUACAGUGGUAUGUGUAGGUAUAUGAGAGAGAGAGAAAGAGAGAGAAGUGUGCACACAAACACACAAUCGAAACACAAUCGCGCGCCGACGGAUGAAGACGGACGGCCUCUGUGGACUAGAUCGUGUGUCCGAUGGAAGGAAGGCUGUUGCCAUUCAUCUGCUCUGUACGUCAUGCUUUAUUUAUUCACCCAUAGAGGGAAACGGGUGCAUUCGCUCCAUAUAGCACAGAGGGCAAAAGCGCACUCUCUACCUCUCUCUCUCACAUACACACACACCCCCACCCACAUAUACACACACCCCUGCCUCCUAGCGCAUUUUCCAGCUCAUCACUGUUCCAUUAAUUUAUUGAAUUAUUUACUAGUCAUUUAUUUCAUAGCUUGUUCUUGGUUUUUAAUUUUUCUUUAUUUUGUGUGUCGUUUUAGGCUCUUUCUCACACUCAAUUCGAAGCAGCAUAAGAAAUCAGUAUUUCAGUACAUCUGAUUGCUUUACAGUGCAGAGAUACUAACGGCAAAGCCACUUACGAGACCGCUGUACACGGUGGGCAGUGACAGUAGUUCCUGACAGUAAUGCAUACUGAAAUAUAAAAGGAGCGACAGGAAUCCGGGCCCAAAUAGUGAGGCGUCUCAGAUAAACGGGCCAAAAUCGAGAGCGGCGUCCCUCAAGGUUCGAUGCUGGGGCAAAUCGAGAGCCCAGCAGUCACACUAGCAAGCGAUAAAUCUCUUGUGUCGCUUGUAGUUGGAUUCUUGUGGGCUUUUUUAGUUUUGCUGAGAAACAGAGGUGUAUAUAUUUCUAUCUUUUAAAGGUAACUAGCUAAAUGCAAAUAAAUAACAUGCUAAUCGGUGAGGCGUUCGGUCGUCUGAUCUACGAUACCUGCUAGGAUUUGUAUCAGCAGGUAUUCUUUUGUCAGAUUAGAUCAAAUUAGCUAAGAAAGGUAACUGUACAAGUUACAUAGCCUCGCUGGAGAAUCCCAACAAUCUACUACUUCCUUUCAAGCUUUAAUUUUUUUUCAUGAUGCUUACAAAUUGUUUGUUCAUUUUUGCAUCUCGAACAGUAAAUGUGAAUGAACUGCAGGUCAGAACUGCAACUGAAGAAACAUCGGAUCAUUCUCUCUUGCUUUUUCUUUCUCUCUCUCUUUCUCUUUCUCCAUUUGGUCGGUCUGAGGGAUCGUUUGAUUCAUCUGAUCGUUUCAGUUUAGUCGCUUUACUCUCUCUCUAUGCUUUGAGGAAAUCUCAAUUCAGAUGUCAUUCAGAUGCUGAGGGAAUCUCGAGCGGUCGCAUGUGGCUUUGUCGUUUGCUAGUGUGAACAUAGGCAUUAAGGUUAAAUGCUGAGGUAAAUAAAAAAGUCCUGCAAAUAACUAAGACGGCAUGCUUCAAGGUUCAAUGCCGGGGUAAAUGUCGUUUCAUGAACGAAAGGCGAGACCACGACACCAUGGGGUGAAAAUACAAAACAAGUGGUUUUCGAGAGACCGAGACUUCUUUCUUUUUUCUUUUUUUUUUACGUGAAUAAGCAUGAGUAGCGCUGCCGUAUAUCCUCCAUCAGAAAAUAUGACUGAGCUCCGCAAUGCCAGUAGUUACGUAACAGCUGAUAGAAAAGGAAUAUGGAUGUCUAUUGUUUGUUAUUUAUGAACUGAGGACAGCAGUGAUUUUUUUUUUUCCAUAAACACGAUGCGAUCAACAGCCAUUCCAUUAUAACCACGAGAAAGAAAAAAGCAAACCUUGUUCUUGAAGACAAGAGUGCGAGCGAAUGUGCAUGUCCGAACCCAAAGCAUGUGUUUCCGCCUGCCUGAAGCGUCGCACCGGCGAUCGCUGAGGUCAGUGACGUCCUCAACCCUGCAGUCUUUUCUUUUUCUUUCAUUUUAUUUCUUUUUGUUUUUUGUUGUUGUUGUUGUCGUUGAUGUUGUUGAAGAAGAAGAAGAACCCAGGGAAGGAAGGAAGGAAGGAAGGAAGGAAGGCAUAGUUUCACUCUUUCACACUGUCCGUAACAUAAAUCUCUCAGAAAGGAAAAAAAUUUUUUUUAAAAAUCUCUCAAAAAUAAACAAUAUUUAAUAUAUUUUUUAGAGGACUAUUUUGUUAAUUUCUUCCUUAAAUGUGCUAUGGCAUGCUUUCCUCAUGAUCCACUGAAUUAUGGUAUGUAAAUAAGUGAGUAGUUGAUAGAUUUCCAUGGCGAAUAAAUCUACAGUGAAACGAAAGAUGUGCCGUACAAAAAAGAAAAAUUAAAAAAGAGAAAGAAAGAAAGGAUGGAAGGAGACUCAAACACAAAACAGUACUGCUGUAUAGAGGUCGGAAUUAGCCUGCACAUUUUUUAGGGCUGUGAAAUUUGAUUUUAUUUUUGAGACUUGCAUAAAAUUGUACAUAUAAUUUUUUUUUUCCUUUUUUUUUUUUCCUUGUUUUUCGCUGCACUAAAAAAAAGUGUAGACUUAAAAAAAGAAUGAAAAAAAAAAGACAUAAUCCAGAACAGUAUGAUUAUGGAAACAAAAUGACACAUAACCAAUUAUGUUAAUUGUCUUGUGUGUACUGCAAAGCUGUGGAUAUGAGUAGUCUAAUGAAGUAGAACCCUUUAUUAUUAUUAUUAUUAUUAUUUGAUUUUUUUUCUUUAAGGAAACACUGAACUGUUUGUGUAUAUGUAUAUAAUGAAUUCACAUUGUUGGUCUCUACCUCUGGAGCUCAGUGACUUGGUUGUUUACCUCCACACAUUUUUAAUUUCAUGUGGAGAUUUAAAAACUUGAAUGUCCCUUCCAACUUUUAUAUUCCUAGAAAACCCUGUGCAAAAAAAAAAUCACAAAAAAAAAACAA